CUCUCUCCGAUCUGGACUCUAUCUCUCAAGACGUGCUAACCAGUCACCAAUUCCUCUCACGAAACCAUCUCCGAAGCCCGUCUAACGCGACACAUUACAAUGGACUCCCCCGACUCCCAAACAGUACCACCUCCCUGCCACAUCUUCCUCCUCCCAUACGAAAUCCGCGAGAGAAUCUACAAAUACGCCCUCAGUACUCCGAACACCGUGACAUGGCCGACAAAGCUCAAAGCCUCCAGCGUCCCCGGCGUGUCCCUCCUACAAACAUGCCGCACCAUCAAUGACGAAGCCUCCCCGAUCAUCUACGCCCACAACGCCUUCUCCUUCCCUAGCCCCUCCGACGCGAACAUGUUUAGCUGGACACACUACCCAUGGAAUCGAACAACUCCUCUGGCGCGUAAAAUCACCCACCUCGACCUGGUCAUCAAUGACCGAGACGUGCGACUCUGGACCGGGUAUCUAGGCAGCUCCUUAUCUGAGCGCAGUCUCAUGCACGACUACCCCGCCCUCAAGACCCUCCGCAUCAAACUCCGGUCGUCCUUCUUCGCCAUGCUCGUGGAUCUCGACGUCGGUGAUCGGUUCCGGCGCUGGACGAACGACCCGCGGUUGCGGGAGCUGUGCAUGAGCCUGGAGAACAAGACGAAGGCGGAAGUGCAGAUUCGGUGCUUGGCGCGGAUGCGGCGGGAGGAGAUCGAGCUGCUGGUGCAGACAUUCAAGAAGGAUUUGUUCUUGGAUAGGAAUGGGAAGGCGAAGACAUGGGCGGUGGAUAUUUAUGGGAUAUCGGUGGUGAUGGAGAUCGCGGAAUUGAUGCUAUCGACGGGGUAAGGAGACGGCGUGGGAUGUCGAAAUGAAGUAAUGACUGUGAUGAAGGCGUUGAGGCCUGGCGCUGCUGGCACGCCGUAGGUGGCACAGAAAGCUACUAAUAACAGAUCCUUUUGGUGGACACGACAAGUUUCCUGGCUGACGUAUUCUUGUUCGACAGCACGGACUGAGCUGUGUAAGGCCUGUCCUUGGUGGAGAGGCCUACUCUCCUUUGCUUGGUCUUCAAGCUCUGCCUUGAUCGGACCUCGGACAUAUUCGGCGGAUCUUAUUAUGUAGAGCGUAGAGAGAUGUAGACGACGGCGAGCAGUGACCUGCUCGCCCCUACUAGUGCAAAAUGAAGACCUAAUGAUUGAUGAC